AUCUGGGGUGGUUUCAAGGCAUAAUUAACCCUAAAGAAUGUUAGAGCUAGCAUCUGUUAGUUAAUAAGGGUAUUUAGUGUAUUUUUCAGAAAACUCUUGGGGUAUGUGGUGUAUUUGAAAAAAUCUAAGGGUAUAUGGUGAAUAAACAAAAAACUCAGGGAUAUAUGAUGAAAAAAUCGUUGAAUUUUUUAUGUAUUGCGUUGUUGCUUGAUGUUAUUAGUGAUGCUUUAUGGGUAAUCCUUACGUGACUAUAUCAAUUAUUUUGGGACAGAGAGAGUAUAUAUUAGUUUUUUUUUUUUUUUUUUUUUCAUUUCUCUUGCUGGUGAUAAGAUUAGAUAUAAAUUAGUCUUAGGAUAUACGAACUAUAUGAAGCAAAUCAAAAUACUCUAGGAUUUUGCUCAAAAAAAAAAAAAAAAAAAAAAAAAAAAAAAAAAAGAAUACAAGUCAUGAACUCCUCCUCAGUUUAAAAAGAGCUUCUCACCCGCUCUUUUAGUUAUAGUUGGGUAAACUCCCGCCAACAUCCACUAAAACCACCGUCACUCCACUCUUCUCUACACUCUCUCCGCUUUUGCAGUCAGCUGAAUUUGUUACCAUUGUUAUACACUUACAGAUAAUAACACAAAUCGAUUGGUUGUAGCUGGUGUGAUGCCUGACUGCGCAAUUACUCAAAUGAGAAAGUAAAGGAGAAAGUGUUACUGUGUAUUCAAACUUCCUGCCGUCUUAAGUUGCAUGCAACUCUUGUAUAGUUGUAGAGAUUAAUCUUUAAGAAGGGUGAGAACAACUGAAGACAUCAAGUGCUUCUUGGAAUGGAUAAAAGUGGUGAUGCAGAAGCAAUUUUAGAUCUUCAGCCAAAGUCUUCAAUAUCUGUAGCUUAUCAUUCAGAUUUUGGUCCUCAUGAAGACCUACUACUCCUUGAACUUGAUGAAAAGCUUCUUCCUGAUGUUCUCAGCGAAAGAGUCUCUCUGAGGGGAGAACCGGAUGAAGAUGCUGUGUUUUGUACCCAAUCAAAGACUUAUGCAAUCAAGUUUGUGGGUAAUUCCAAUUCAGUGUUUCUCAUCCCUCCUUCCAACUCAUCGUCUUUUCCCAAAAAUGCUAUGGAUUGUGAUGAACAAAUCUUGGACCAACCUGCUUCAGCAUUUGUGCUGAAGGUGGCUUCUGGUAACUUGGAGCUUGUUGAGGUUGCUCCCAGAUUGGACAAAUUGAAAUUGCUUCUGGCACAAAAACCUUUUACGAUUGAGGAGAUGUCAGAAAUGGAAACUUUUUUGGUGAGUGAGGAACAGAACUCUGUAUAUAGAUGGAAUGAUCUCAUUGGACAGAUUCAAGCAAGUGAUAUCGAACUGAGAUCAGGCUUAGAAGCUCUUAAUGCUUUGGAAAUCAAUGGCUAUUGGAGAAUUAUAGAUGAGAAUUGCAUGGAUUCAGUCUUGAACAUGCUUUUGCAUAAUGCAGUGUUAAACGAUUGGUCCCUAGAUGCACUACCAGAAACUGAGGUGGUCAGUAUAAUGGAGUCAGAUGGGUUUCCACCCAAACUUUCCAACCACUGUUUGAAAGUGUACGGAAAUACAGUGGAUAAUGAGGACGGUGUAUCUUUGUGGAAAUUAAAUGAGAAACAGGUUUGUGUACAUUUUGCCAAAAGAAUUAUGAAGAAUGGAAAAGUGAAGAAGGACAAGUUUUUGGAGGAAUGGAAGAAUAAAAUUCCUAAUGGAAUGCAGGCAAGUUUUGAGAUGUUGGAAUGUGAAGUUUUAACAGAGAGGAUUGGGGUGGAAAUUUGGAUUCAUCCUUUUAGUGUUUCUUCUUUGCCCUCAACUCCUGCAGAGCGUUUCUCAAUUCUCUUCAAAGAGAGACCAAAAUGGGAAUGGAAGGAUCUCGAACCUUAUAUAAGGGAUUUGAAGGUGCCAGGUCUUUCUUCAGAGGGUUUGCUGCUCAAAUACACCAGAAGAUCACAACCAAGACCUGAUGUAGAACCUAUAUUUAGUGCAAGGUAGUGACACAACUACACAAGACGUCGGUUUAUCAAUGUUUGACGUUCAAUAUUCUACCAUUGAAUGAUGUAUACUCAUUAACUUACUGAGCAAUUAUAAAGAUGUGUUUCUGAAGUGUACUUGGUUAAAUCUGUGUUUAUGACAUGUUGAAUUUAUCAUGGAUAAAUCAGUAAAUUGACAUCGCUGGAAGUUUUGGCAUUAUGCAUUAAACACUUUCCCUUUUGCUUAAAUUAGUUUGUAAAAUACCAUAUCCUAUCAAAUAAAAAUUAUUAUUGAAAUUUCUAAGGAAAAAAAAACCUUUUUCUUAAAAGAAAAACCUUUUUUUAAAAAAUAACAAAGAGAGACAAUUUCUAGAUAUAUUGAAUCAUACUCCCUC